UAAAUUAUCGAACAAAAUGCACGGGAAGAGAAAAAUGAGGUCGCCCCUCGUCAAUCUAGAGGGAGGGGGAAGGGGCAGUGAGUGCGGCGGAAAGGCGAGAUGGUCACCGAUCCUCUCCUCUCCCGCUGUUACCCCGACUACGUCGUGGGCGCCAUCGACUACCGUGGUCGCCCCGCCUCCCGCUCCGCCUCCGGCCGCUGGACCUCCGCCCUCUUUAUCAUAGCGGUGGAGAUUGCUGAGAGGUUCGCGUUCUACGGCGUAUCCUCCAACCUGAUAUCCUACCUCACGGGUCCGCUCGGGGAGUCGACGGCGUCUGCGGCGGCGGCCAUCAACGCGUGGAACGGCGUGGCGGCUAUGCUGCCUCUCCUAGGGGCCUUCCUCGCCGACUCCUACCUAGGCCGCUACCGCACCAUUGUCAUCGCCUCCCUGCUUUACAUGCUGAGCCUGGCCAUGCUGACCCUCUCAUCUCUUCUGCCCUCCCUCCACCUUGCCAAAUGCGGAGACACCACCGUAGAUCCAGCAGGCUGCCCACCUUCACCUUCAUCGGUGGCCUUCUUUUACGCCUCCCUCUACCUCAUGGCAUUUGCCCAGGGAGGCCACAAACCCUGCGUCCAAGCCUUCGGCGCCGACCAGUUCGACGAGAACCACCCCGGCGAAUGCGCGGCCAAGAGCUCCUUCUUCAACUGGUGGUACCUGGGGUUCAGCGGCGGCGUCCUCGUCGCCGUCGUCGUCUUGAGCUAUGUCCAAGACUACAUCAGCUGGGGGCUCGGCUUCGGAAUCCCCUGCGUCGCCAUGUUGCUCGCCUUGCUGGUGUUCCUGCUCGGAACCAACACCUACCGCUUCUACCCGUUGGAGGAGAACAGCCCGUUCGCUUGCAUGCGGAGAACCGUCCACUUGGCAACGGAAGAAGAUAGAGGAGGACUCGAUUCCAUGGAUGUUGGUUGUGGAGAAGGCUCGGAGGGGUUGCUUCGACUGUUGCCGACAUGGGCGACCUGCUUGACUUACGCUAUGGUAUUUGGCCAGUCGUCAACGCUCUUCACCAAGCAAGGCAGCACCUUGGACAGGAGGAUAGGCUUCAUAUACUUGAACCUUGAAGUGCCGCCGGCAGCCCUGCAAGUCUUCAUCAGCGUCUCCAUCGUGGGCUUCAUCCCGGUCUACGAUAGGAUUCUCGUGCCGGUAGCGAGGAAGUUUACGAAGCUCCCUUCCGGCAUCACCACGCUCCAGAGGAUCGGUGCCGGAUUGGUCCUCUCGCUCGCCUCCAUGGUGGCAGCAGCUCUGGUUGAGAUGAAACGACUCCGAACGGCAAGGGAGUUCGGACUCGUGAACCAGCCCGAGGCCGUGAUCCCCAUGAGUUUUUGGUGGCUGGCGCCGCAGUACGUCCUCUCUGGGGUCGCAGAUGUUUUCGCCAUGGUUGGCUUGCAGGAAUUCUGCUACGACCAAGUCCCUGAUGCAUUGAGGAGUCUGGGGCUGGCGCUCUACCUGAGCAUCUUUGGCAUCGGCAGCUUCAUCAGCGGAUUCCUGGUGUCCGUCAUCGACAAAGCCAGCAGAAAGAAAACGGGGGAGAGCUGGUUCUCAGACAAUCUAAACCGUGCCCAUCUCGAUUACUUCUAUUGGUUACUUGCAGGUCUCAGUACUUUGGGGUUGCUUCUGUACCUUCACUUUGCACAAGCUUAUGUGUACAAGAAAAAGGGACGCAAUGCAUCUAUGUAAUGUCGAUUCAAUGUAAUCUAAGCAAUUUAUCAAAAAGAAAAAAAAAAUCUAAUAAUGGGAUUUUAUCA